CAUCAGAAACAUGGCGUGGAGAGGAUGCGGAACACUAAUGAAAUGGGCCAAAACAGAGUUCGCUACAUCCAAAAACAUAACUUCACGAAACUCCAGACUCAACCCCUACAAUCAACAGAGAUGUGGCUUCCGUCGUGAAGCCAAAAGGCCGGACACAAAAAAAGGCAAUGUCACCCAAGAAACAAAAGCAUCACCCUCUGAAGCUGGCACACCAGGGCCUCCUCCUCGUCCCAAAGUCCCUAGGCCAACACUUUUCAAACCCCUGAUGUUCACAGUAGGGUUUACAGGUUGCUCCUUUGGUGCAGCUGCCAUCCUGCAAUAUGAGACCCUGAAGUCCAGAGUUCAGACUGCAAAAGAUGAAGAAGAGUCAGAAAAAUUCCUGCAGGGCUCUCAGGACAUGGCACACUGGCACGACUGGUGGAACCAGCUGACAGGCUUCCAACGACAGCUUAUUCUCCUCAUGUCCAUGGCGGACGACUUCUGGAGCAGCCUCACAGAGGGACAGAGGACCGUCACUGGUAUCAUUGCAAUAAAUGCUGUAGUCCUGUGUUGCUGGCGGAUCCCUUCAAUGCAAAGAAGCAUGAUUAAGUACUUCACAUCCAACCCAGCCUCCAAAACACGGUGCCUUCCCAUGGUCCUGUCCUCCUUCAGUCACUACUCCAUCAUCCAUAUGGUGGCUAACAUGUAUGUCCUGUGGACAUUCUCCUCUGGAAUUGUCUCUCUCUUAGGGAGGGAACAGUUUCUUGCGGUUUAUCUAUCUGCCGGUGUGAUUUCCACCAUGGCUAGCUACAUGUGUAAAACAGUCAGUGGGCGGCUUUAUCCCACAUUAGGAGCGUCAGGUGCAGUUAUGGCAGUCUUGGCUGCAGUCUGCACAAAGGUGCCAGAGGCCAAACUAGGCAUAAUCUUCCUUCCCAUGCUCACCUUCACAGCAGGAAAUGCUCUGAAAGCUCUCGUUGCUAUAGAUUCGGCAGGGCUUCUAUUGGGAUGGCGGCUGUUUGACCAUGCAGCUCACCUUGGUGGAGCCCUCUUUGGAGUAUGGUACGUGGCAUAUGGUUACAAACUUAUUUGGAGGAAGAGGGAGCCUCUGGUGAAGCUGUGGCAUGACAUGCGUUCUCCAGGUGCUGGUGGAUCCCGACCUGGAGCUGGGCCUGGGAUCGGUGGUGGUGGACCCAGAUCACAAUAAGACUCUUUAAGAUCCCUUUUUCACAAGAACUGUUCUCCACAGUUACCUCAGAACAUGCAAGGACACUUUUAUCCACUGAAAUGGAGUUGGAUGUUAUUGUUUAUCAAUAAAUAUAGUUUUUUUCAUCCAUGGUCAGGAAUGAGUAUUAAUAGAUCUGAAUUUUGAAAAAUAGGUGAUGACACCUGGGGAUACAAUCCAGAUGUUAAUAUGUGUACUGAUAACAUCUGCUGCUCUUUUGUGUUUCUAUUGUUGUAAAGAGGAUUUCUUCUUUAUUAAAACAAGAACAUAUCCAAAUAUUGUGUAAUAAAUAGCCACUUCUACCUCUAGCUCCUAGUGAGUAGAAUCUACUCCACUUAAAACUUCAUCCAGGUAGUGUUUUGCUAUGUCCAUCUGUAUGGACUUAGUUGAUACUUGGGUCUUUGAUGUUUGUCUCACCAUUAUAUAUCUGGCUACUCAUAUCAAGGAGUCGUUGAUGCCCUCCUGACGUUAGCAAAGUCUCUUGUGUUAGCUAAGUCACUCUAGAAAUUGCAAUGUAGAAAACCCUAUGUGAAUGGC